GUUCGUCUGAUGUGCAGAUGUGCUCUCUUGGCAUGUCGCAUCAGUUUGGCUCUCUUGUUUCCCUAGUCCUCUUGUUGUUUGUUGUGCCUGUCAGCUCAAACUUCCCUACUCCAGCUCCUCAGGCGCGGCUGAGGAUGGAGAGGCCUGGAACUUUCACCAAGUGUCCCUGCUGCAACAACCCCUGGUCGGGGAUCGAGGGCUCCUUCGCAAUCGCGUGCGGCCCCUGCAUUGAUAGCAAGCAGACUACGGAAGGUAUCGACGCCUCCGACUUCGAUGAGUUCGUUCCGCCCCAUGAGAAUUUCUACAACUUCGCCAUCGGAGGCUGGAGAAAGAACAACCCGAUUCCUCCUGAGUACCCAAGCUGGAACUGCUUCACGAUCUUGCAUGAGAGGAACCAGCAGCGGCUGAAGGAGAUGGUGAACGAGCUCGAGACCAAGGAAGGCUGUGUGGGAACGGAGAAGAAAGUCGCUGACUUCUGGGCGAGCUGUAUGGACGAGGAGGCGAUCGAGAGGAGAGGGACGGAGCCGCUUAAGUCCCUCCUCGAUGCUGUCUCGGAGCACAAAGUGAAGGAAGACAUCACCGCAGCUGUCGCCAAGCUGACCCUAUCCGGAGUUGACUCGACGCCUCUGUCCUUCUACGAGAGCCCAGACAAGAAGAACAGCGAGUGGAGCAUCGGACAGCUUGACCAGGCUGGGCUUGGACUUCCUGAUCGAGACUACUACUUCGACGAGGACAAGCAGGACAAGCGAGACAUGUACAAAGAGCACGUGACCAAGAUGUUUUCUCUCCUCGACGACUCGUCCGUGAACCCUGAGGAGGCUGCUAAGAUUGUCUUGGAGAUCGAGCAGAAGAUCGCUGGCUUCCACAUGACACGAACGGAUCGCCGGGAUCCGGAGAAGACGUACAACAAGAUGUCAGUGGAGGAGCUACAGAAGAGGAUCGACCAAGACGGGGGGAGCGGAGGCCUCCGACUGGACAGGUUCUUCGCGCUCAUCGGCAAGCCAGUGGAUCAGCUGGGGGAGAUCAACGUGCCGACGCUGGAGGCAGUGGUGAAGAUCUGCCAGCUGGUGAAGGAGGAAGGAGCGAGCAGGCUAAGCGUCUACUUCAAGUGGCACGUGCUCCACUGCUUCGCCGCCUUCGACCUGCCGCGCGUCUUCGUCGACGAGCAUUUCGAGUUCUUCGAGAAGAAGCUCAAGGGCACUAAAGAGCAGAAGCCUAGGUGGAAGCGAGCCAUGGCCGUGCUGGAGUCCGUGCUUGGGGAGGCUCUGGGUCAGCUGUACGUGGCCAAGUACUUCCAGGAGGAGUCGAAGCAGACGGCGCUGGAGGUGGUGGAGCGAGUGCGGGAGGCGCUGCGGGAGCGGCUGACGGAAGUGACGUGGAUGUCGGAGGAGACGAGGAAGAGCGCGUUACUCAAGAUGUCCAAGUUCGGAGUGAAGAUCGGCUACCCCGACAAGUGGAUCGACUACUCGCCGCUCGUGGUGGUGCGGGGCCAGCACUUUGAGAACGUGCUGCAGGGCCACGAGUUUCACUUCAAGCGCAUGCUCUCCUACACCAAUGCGCCGACCGACCGAUCGCGAUGGUACAUGACACCGCAAACCAUCAACGCGUACUAUCAUCCCUCGAUGAACGAGAUUGUGUUCCCUGCCGCCAUCCUCCAGCCUCCCUUCUUCAGCCCCAACGUCGACGAGGCGAUCAACUACGGCGCCAUGGGCGCUGUUGUAGGACAUGAGAUGACCCACGGGUUCGACGAUCAGGGCAGGAAGUACGACCAUACAGGCAACAUGGUGGAUUGGUGGAGCGAGGAGGACGGGAAGGAGUACGAGAAGCGAGUGGAGGUGAUGGUGCAGCAAGCAGAAGCCUUCAAGGUGCACGGUCAGCCGCUCAAGGGAAAGCUCACGUGCGGGGAGAACAUCGCAGACCUCGGAGGGCUCAAGCUAGCUUACCGGGCUCUUUGUUCCCUCCUCAAAGCCCGUGGCCUCACUCCCCAAGACCCCAAGACUCGCGUCGGAGGGCUCACAGCCCAGCAGCGAUUCUUCCUGUCCUGGGCUAAAGUCUGGGCACAAAACAUCGAGAAGGAGAGAGAACUCCAGCUUGUUACUCUAGAUCCUCAUGGACCCAAUGAGUUUCGUGUCAACGGACCACUCGGAAACAUCCCGGAGUUUCACUCGGCCUUUAUGAUUCCUCAAGACACGCCCAUGCAUAUCUCAGCUAAACGCCAGGUGGACAUCUGGUGAGAAAGCAAGGCUGGGAGAGAUACAAUAAGUUUUACUGUUUGUGUUUGAGAGUCAAAAAGCGCCUCCGCCUCCUCCUCCUCCUCUUACUACUUGUACUACUAAUCCUCAUCCUCCUCCUCCUCCUCCUCCUCUACCCGCACAUACGUGUCACCGCGGCUUCUCUAGGUCAGCCCACAAAUCCGCUGCUUCGGAUUUGAGUACCGCGAUCGAGGAGAGAGCGGAAGGCAGGGGAGGCUCGAGGACGCGAACUCCCCACAGACCCUCGUCGGUCAGCCACAGCAGCGUCUCCAGCUCUCUUAGGCGACACAAGGAUACUCUGCAUCCUGGGAGGAGGCUGUAGCGCUCCCCUCCCUCUGCUUGCCUCCUCCUCCUGCUGGCUCGCCAAGGCCUCAGGGUGAGCGCGCAAGGCAGGGGAGCUCUGCCGGCUAGCAUGACGAGACCGGCUGGGAGGGAGAGGACGAGGGCGGUAGACGAAGUCAGGCGCGAAGGAGGAGUAGAGAGGAACGUCCAUGAGCCGCUGGUGGGCGGAGGAAAUGGCUUCCUCGGUCAGGUAGUUGGGCGGCGCCUCCUCCCCCGCCGUCUGGGUUGCGUAUCUCUGACUUGGCGGCAGGACGAGGACGAUACGUCUGCUCUGUCCUCUCCACCUCCACAGCUGGGGAGGAGGUGACCUUGUCCGUGAGACCCUCCCGCCCAGCCGUCUCGCGUGUCCUCGUCCUGUUGUAGGGGUCGAAGACUUCGCCUGUCCCAGCUGGAGGCGAGGAGACGAAGAAGGGCUCGGGGACUUUCUUGAACCAUUUCUUCGACUCGCGGAGCUCCAGCGCUGAAGA